AUGAACGGCAGGGAUUCGGUUGUUUGCCCUAAGCCCCGUCGUGUCGGAUUCAAUUUCGCCGUCAACGAUCAUCCGGCAAAGGCGUUCCGAUGGCAUCUCAGUUGCCAGAUUGAACCGUGUGAUUCUAACUCCUCUGGCUCAAAUCCUUUGGAUACCAUUCUCACCAAGGAUGUUGAUUGUGAUAUAGAACAGUUAUGUCCUCCGGUAGCCUCGUCGCCCCCAUUUUUUUGCGGGUCACCGCCGAGCAGAGUAGCUAACCCACUAAUUCAGGAUGCUCGAUUUGGGGAUGAGAAUUUCCCCCCUCUCUCACCGUCGUCUUGGGUGGUGGUUCCCACCCAAUCCGGUCUGCCACCGUCUCCCUCAUCCUCUGCAAGGAAGGGAGGUUGUGUUCGGGCCAAUUUUGGCAACAAUCCGGCGGUGAGGGUUGAAGGAUUUGAUUGCCUUGACAGGGAUAGCCGAAAUUGCAGCAUCCCUGCCUUGGCUUAG